AUGGCGCCAUCCUACGACGACACUACCCGCGCAAGCGAGCUGGUGCCCAUCUACGCACCUCACAUCGCCAAUAAGACCAUCCUCAUCACUGGUGUCUCGCCGGGGAGUCUGGGUGAAUCCUUCGUCAAGCAAGUCGCAGCCGCCAAGCCCUCUAUCUUCAUCCUCGCCGGCCGCAACCCCACAAAGUUCCAACCCCUCAUCGACGACGUCGCAGCUGCACACCCAGACAUCACCAUAAAGCCGCUCACCUUAGACCUCACCUCUCUCGCCCAAGUCCGGGAAGCCGCCUCGACGGUGAACUCGUGGACCGACGUCCCCCACAUCGACCUCCUCGUCAACAACGCCGGGAUCAUGGCCGUCCCCUACGCCCUCACCGUGGACAACUUCGAGUCGCAGUUCCAGACGAACCACCUCUCGCACUUCCUCCUCACGAACCUCCUCAUGCCCAAGAUCCUCGCCGCCCCGGACCCGCGCGUCGUGAACGUCAGCAGCGGCGGCCACCGCCUCGGCGUGAUCCGCUGGACAGACCACGCCUUCGACGGCGGCAGGACGUACGGCAAGUGGGCCGCGUACGGGCAGUCCAAGACGGCCAACGCGCUCUUCUCGCUCGCGCUGGCCGGGCGGCUCGGGGCGUCGUCGUCCGGGGGCCUGUCGGCGUUCAGCCUGUGCCCGGGCUACGUCGGCACGAACCUCGGGGCGCACGGGGCGGGGGACGCGGCGGGGUUCAUGGAGAGUUUCAGGCGCGCGGACGAGGCGAUGGGGACGAGGUGGAUGUGGGGGAUCGGGGACCUCAGGCCCAAGGACCUGGACGAGGGGGUUGCGACGCACGUUUAUGCGUCGUUCGACCCGGAGCUGAAGGCGCGGAACGGGGUGUAUGUGAAUGACUGUCACGUCGCGGAUCCGUACAAGGAGGAGGUGCACUGUUGGGCGCAGAGUGAGGUGGACGCGGAUCGGUUGUGGAAGCUGAGUGAGAAGCUUGUUGGGCAGGAGUUUGCGUACUGA